UAUGUAAAUCAGACAGUCCUGAUGAUGUCGAAAACAAACUUGUGUCUGAAAUCCUGGAUGAAAAUGGUGAACCAAAAGGCUUUCCUAAACUAAAGGAUGCAGGCGGCUUCGAACUUAUGAGAUCAACUCAAAGCUGUCGGGAUUUAAAAUAUAUCGAGUGCUUGUGGUCUGCAGAGAGUUUGCAAAGAAACGUCAACUGUCAGAUCUGUAUUUAUGUAAGGCCUGUGCAAAAUGAUUUAAAUGUAGACCCAAUACAUGUGCCAAAUAACGAAAGCAGUUAUAUGCUAACUCCCUGCAAUAUUUGUAAAAAAAACUUUCCAGUGAGAGUUCUUCGAGAGCAUGUUGAACAUUGUGGUAUCACAGUUGAUGAUCAGGAUUCCUCAGGCUCUUGAGUUUCUGCCUGAAGUACAUGUAAGCCUAUCAAAUCCACCACAAGGUGGUGCUGCUGACCACAAUGCUAAUGAUGUCCAUAGUGGUACUAGUAACCACCCUGCCUCCGAGUUUGGAGAAGCAGAAGAGUUUGAUUCUAAUCAGAGUGUCGCAGACAUUUCGUCCGAAGAUAUUCUAACACUUGGACUACUACCAAAUUUAGAUAUCACGUCAGUUGAAGAAACACUCAGCACACUUAUAUAGCAACACUCGCAUAAAAGAUUUAGUAAUAUCGGAUUUGAUGGAAUCAUCCAGUAACUGCAUACAGAACAACAUAUCUAAUCCUGUGGAAAUAAUCCAUUUAAUUCAACAGAAAAUAGUAACUGGUCGUAAACUGGACAUUGAAGAGAAUUCAGUUCUUUUAGGAGGUGAUACCAACCACAUAUUGAUAGACAGAGAUAGAGUAAUGGAGUCCGCUCUGGAAGAAAUUGCAGCCAUUGAUGAUUUAAGAAUAUGCCUUGAAGUUCAGUUCUAUGGAGAAGUCUCAGUUGACUUGGGAGGCCCCAGAAAGGAGUUUUUCGUUUUAGUCCUCAACGAAUUAAAACAAAAGUAUUUUGAUCCAGUCAGGGAGUGGUCUGGAGAAUACCAGACCAUUGGAAAGAUAAUGGGAUGACAAACGAUUACCUUUACAGCCUUGAGUUUACUCCAAAAUGGUAAGCUGCAACGCCUCUUGUCAUCUGAGUUGGUCGAAGA